AUGGGAUAUACUCUCAAUCAAAAUGACUUAACAGAAUUUAUGGAAGUAUUAGAAACUAGAUUAUCAACCUGUGAGAAAUUAAUUAAUAUAAAGGAAAGAGAUACCAACACUCAUACCUUUGAACUUCAAGAAAGUAGUGAUAAAAAUAAGGGAGUAAACAAUAUCUUGCAAAGUAGGAUAACAAUAGGGCAAAGCACAGCAGUUGCAAAUUUAGAACAUGAUAUCUAUCAACUAAGAACAGUAAUAUCUCAGGAUGAAAAGAUACCAUUAAAUGAGAAGUUGGAUUUUAUUGAAGGGAUUAUUAGAAAAGUAUAUAGUUUAGGACCAUUGGAGGAAUGGGAAUCGUAUUAUGAUAGCAUAAAAGCAUAUAUUGAAACAGAUUCCGCAGAUUUUGAGGCUGCACUUUUGACUUUAGAUGCAAGAAAAGCAUAUAUAAUGGAACACUAUUAUGAAUUUGAGUUGCUUAGAAGACAGAUGAAAUAUCUAAACGAUUUACUACCUUUUGUGAACUAUGAAAUAGAUGGUAAUUUUAAUGAACUUUUAAAAAAGAUUGAUGAUUUAGAAAUUAAGGGCAGAAAACUAGGAUAUGAAGCUCAGCAAUUAUGGGAAGAUAUACAAAAUAUUUCAUUUUUAUAUUCAAAUUUUAUAUUAAAGUAUAAUAUCUAUGUGGCACAAAACAAGUAG